CUGGCUUGGCUGCUUUUACUCUGCUCUCCGUCCCCUUCCCCUCUCCCCCUCUCCCCUGCUCGCCGCCGGCCGCCGCUUCACCGCUCGAGAUUUGCCUCCUCUUGAUCCGCACACCAGCUGCUCAGCCCGAGCUCCACAGGAACAUUGUCGAGGUCCCAGCGUUUUGGAACUAUCCGAGUCCGAGAAGAAGGGAGCGGAGGGGAUGAAGACCCGGAGCUCAGCGAGGGGCGAGCCGAGGAGGCUCGGGAACAUGGGCCUCCUGGCGCUCAUGCUCUGCUCCCUCGUUGCGCUCUCGCUCAUCAGGGCCAGGUUCGCCCCAAUCGGCAGCACCACCGGCGCAGAGCCCGUCAUCAAGGCGGAGGAUCCCAAGCCAGCGGCGGUGGUGAGCCAGGCGGCCGUCGCCACGGACGCCGGCGACAACGAUGUCCCCGAUGAGGUUGCCGCAGUGGCUGUGGAGGAAAGCAAGGUGGGGGAAGACAAGCAGGUGGAGGAGGUUCAGCCGAAGCCCGAGCACGCCGCCGCCAUCGUCGUCGACGCCAGCAAGCCGGUGUGCUACGAGACGAGCCGGCGCUCCGACACCUGCGAGGCGGCCGGCGACGUGCGCCUGCUGGGGAGGAGCCAGACCAUCUACGUGGACACGCUGGAGCAGGAGUGGAAGACCCGGCCCUACUGCCGGAAGCACGACGCGUACGCGCUGUCCCACGUCAAGGAGUGGUCUUUGAAGCCCCACCCUUCAGGCGACGGCGACGGCGACGGCGGCGGCGCUGCGCCAAGGUGCACGACGAACAGCUCGGCCACGGCGUUCGUGCUGUCGACGGGCGGGUUCACGGGGAACCCGUUCCACGACUACACGGACGUGCUCAUCCCGGCGUUCAUCACGGCGCACCGCUUCGGCGGGGAGGUGCAGUUCCUGGUGAGCAGCUACAAGUCGUGGUGGAUGAACCGGUACAUCCAGAUCUUCCAGCAGAUGAGCCGGCACGAGGUGCUGGACAUCGACGCCGACGACGAGGUGCGGUGCUACCCGAGCGUCGUUGUCGGGCCGACCUUCCACAAGGAGCUGGGCGUGGACGCGUCCAAGGCGCCCGACGGCGUCUCCACGGCGGACUUCCGCAAGAUGCUCCGCAGCGCGUUCGGGCUGGAGCGCGCGACGGCGACGCCGAGCGGCGACCGGUGGGACAUCCGGCGGCGCCCCCGGCUGCUGAUCAUCACCCGGCGCGCGUCCCGCGGGCGCGCGUUCAUGAACGAGCGCGCCAUGGCGGACAUGGCGGGGAGCCUGGGGUUCGACGUCCGGCUCGGGGACCCGGAGAUGAGCUCGGACACCUCCAAGUUCGCGCGGCUGGUGAACUCGUGCGACGUGAUGGUGGGCGUGCACGGCGCCGGGCUGACCAACAUGGUGUUCUUGCCGGCGGGGGCGGUGGUGGUGCAGGUGGUGCCGUUCGGGCGGCUGGAGUGGCUGGCGCGCAACACCUUCGCGGAGCCGUCGGCGGGGAUGGAGGUGCACUACCUGGAGUACGUGGUGCAGCUGGACGAGACGACGCUGAGCGAGCAGUACCCCAGCGACCACCCGGUGCUCAAGGACCCCAUGGCCAUCCACAAGCAGGGCUGGGACGCGCUCAAGACCACGUACCUCGACAAGCAGAACGUCAGGCCGCACCUCGGACGCCUCAAGAACACCUUCCUCCAGGCGCUCAAGAUGCUGCCGCACGGCCGGGACGACUAGAUUAGAUUAUUAAGCUUCGCUCGCCCUCAUAAUCCUCCUCGCCAUGGGAGAGCUUAAGAGCUCUGGAUGGAACUAGCCUAGUAGUAAUAGUGUACAAAUGGAUGCAGAGGACAAGUGUCAAUAAACCUUUUCUCUGUCUUCCUCUAAUCAAUCUGUAAUGCUGCGGUGUUGUUUGCUCCUUUUUUUUUAAACGCGGGGUAUAACUUGCACUAUGCACAACUCUUGUACUGUAUGCUGUGUUACUGUAUCAAUCCGCAUGUUUUCUUCG